AUGUCUGUAUCGAUUGUAUUGCUACUUGAUAGUGGCGGUCAGGGCCGACUGACCAGGAUCAUCCUACAAGACGAAGAUGUAACGACCAAAAUCGAGAGCGACUGGAAGCGACUGAACACACUAGCACACUACCAGGUGACAGACGGCUCGCUGGUGGCUCUGGUGCAGAAGCAGGUUUCUGCCUACAACAUCGCCAACUCCUUCACUUUCACCAGAUCGCUGAGCAGAUACGAGUCGUUACUGCGGACGUCGAGCAGCCCUGACAGCCUGAGAUCCAGAGCUCCGAUGAUCACCCCGGACCAGGAGACAGGAACUAAACUGUGGCAUCUGGUGAAAAAUCACGAGCACAGCGACCAGAGAGAAGGCGACAGAGGCAGCAAGAUGGUUUCAGAAAUUUACCUGACCAGAUUAUUGGCAACUAAGGGGACACUGCAGAAGUUUGUGGAUGACCUGUUUGAGACUGUGUUUAGCACCGCCCACCGCGGCUCCGCCCUCCCACUGGCCAUCAAAUACAUGUUCGACUUCUUGGACGAACAGGCCGACAAACGACAGAUCAGCGACCCAGACGUCCGACACACCUGGAAGAGCAACUGCCUUCCUCUCAGGUUCUGGGUGAACGUCAUAAAGAACCCUCAGUUUGUGUUCGACAUCCACAAAAGCAGCAUCACUGACGCCUGUCUGUCGGUCGUUGCUCAGACCUUCAUGGACUCCUGCUCGACGUCUGAACACCGGCUCGGAAAAGACUCUCCGUCCAACAAACUCCUCUACGCUAAAGACAUCCCCAACUACAAGAGCUGGGUGGAGAGGUACUACAGGGACAUUGCAAAGAUGCCCAGCAUCAGUGAUCAGGACAUGGACGCCUACUUGGUGGAACAGUCCCGUCUCCACGGCAACGAGUUCAACACACUGAGCGCGCUCAGUGAGCUCUACUUCUACAUAAACAAGUACAAGGAAGAGAUCCUGACGGCACUGGACCGGGACGGGUACUGUCGCAAACACAAACUGAGGCACAAACUGGAGCAAGCCAUCAACCUGAUGUCUGGGAGCAGCUGAGAGGAGGGGAUGGACUGAUGGACUGAUAGAUGGAUGGAUGGAGGGAUGGGGAGAAGAAUGGGGGAGGGGAAAGUGAAGACAUUUUGUUUUUCUGAACUGUUUGAACAGUCAGCUGAACUGCUCCGUGUUGGACCCAAAUGACAGCCACAGCUCCGGACCUUUAGCAAUCAAUCCAUCAGUAAUUUAUUUGUCGGUUGAUUGAUUGCAUUGAAGACUCAACAACUGGUUGGCUGGGACCCCAAAUACCUCCAUUUGGUGGGUUUUGGGGCAGAAAAUCAGUUUCCAAACCAACGUGGAUACAUUUAUGUGACUUCAAAAUGGAAAUAAGUCAUUUUGGGGCAAAGACAAACCUUGCAGAUUCAUCUGGCGGUUUGGAUUUGGAGAUAAAAUUACUGCAGGUGGCAGCAGAUAUCAAUGAAUAAGGGCGUGGCUGUGGAAAGACCGGAAACUAGGCUGAAACUGAGUCAGGUUUCAUUAAAUGACGGAUGUGAGGACCAAUCGACCUCACCUCAGGAUUCCCAGCCUGGUUUGGAAUUUUCUAGACACUAGGUCGAAGAGCAAAUUGUCAAGUCAAAUUUCUGUCGAAGGUCGGAUGUCACCCGGUCUGAAGGAUGUGAACGGAUGAUCUCGAAACCUCGUUCUUGUCUGGAUCAAUCGAGAACCAAGGUUUACCCAAGAACAUGAAGUGUUGGGUCAUUUAUCAUCAUCUAUCUGCAAGAGUCCUGAUUCAGUGCCAGAAGUUUAGGUCAAAGUCCUCGUUUGGAACACUUUGAUUCAACCUUGGACUUGCUCGUGCAGGAUUUGGAAGUUGCCACGAAGCUUUAAGAAAUGACAAGGAAGCCAAUAAACUGCUGUCCCAAAGCCGGACAACUUGACCUAAACUUAUAGACACUGCAGGAAACGACAGGAGUCCAUCACGAACAUGAACAGACAAUUUGACUUGACCAUGGUCUGUUCGGCCAAGCUUGGUCAGGAUCUAGAAGUUUCUAAGUUGUUUAAAUAACCACUCGAUGUUUUUCUCUGGACAAUCACUCUGUACCACAGCACACUGAGCCCGAUGCCUACCGACCGACCAGUACCUGUGUCCAUUAAUUAACCCCCCCCUUCCUCCCUUCGUCCUCAUUUUCUUUACUUCUACCUUUGACUCAUCCCAAAUCCACCUCCUCCUUUGCCGUUUUCUUCAUAUUUACUCCUGCUCUAUCUUAUUCCGUCCUACCCCUCAUUUUUCCUCCUCCCCUUCAUCCCUGCUUCGUCAUUGGUCAGUCAUGCUGGCCUCUGGCCGUGUUAUUGGCCAGGAAGACUCUUAAGUAAUGUACUGCCCGACCAAUCAAGACUGUGGAAUUCGUGAGAAACCGUGAACAAUUAGUAGAAACGAAUAGAAACAAAUACUACGUUUUUUGAAUACAUUCCAGCACAGGCACACAGGCAAGGUCUGUAAAUAAGCAGCUAGACUCCUGAUUUUUACAGAAGUCAAGAACUUCUGAAAGCAGACUGACCGGCAUUUUUCAGGACCAGACCGACUCUGAAUCGGGUUCUGGAUUCGGCACCAGUCGCUAAGCUUCGACUCUGGUUGGUGCAGAUUGGCUUUAUCGUCGGACAUUGCACAUACACCCACAUACAGCCAUGCUUUACAGCGCCAUGCUAACCGUGCCCAGGGGGAAAAUACUGUGUAGAGCUACAAGCCCAGUGCCAUGUAAAGACCGGACCAGAUCACGUCAGAACUGGACCGGACUUGGACCAAAACCGGAACAAAACCACCUGGAAUGGAGUUUGAACCGGACCGGACUGAGGAACUCUUAAGACUUGUGGCCAUAAUUGUAAACAAACAAAAAAAGAAAGAUAAUAAUAAUAAUGAUGAUAAAGUAUAAAAGUUAAAAAAAAUAAUACAAAAGAAAGGAAAAAAAGAAAUAUUGAAAUGUUAACAUGUAAUAAGAACUUUGUGGAUUUGACAGUAUGGAUUUUGAGGAGCUGAACUUGUAUAAAGCUGAACGUUUAUGCUACAUCAGAGUCUGGACAAGGAGGGAGCCAGGAGACAGAACGCCAACAGAUCAUCCAACCCCAUCCCACCACCAUCACACAAGACCAGACUGAACCAGAUCGUCUGGGAUUCAACCAGACCGGGUCCAAUUCCGUCCCAUAUCCAACCUGAACGAAACUGAAUCUCCAGUCUCAACAACGAAGCAGGAAACUGGACUUUUUGGUACUUUUUUUUGCCAAACUGGAUGUUGUGUUGAUUGAACUGAACCGGACUGAAGUGUGUGGAUCGGUGGGAUGGGUGAUUAGCCGGUUUCGGGUGGUGUUUUUCAGGGGAUGUUGAGUCGUUGCAUGUAUAGCUGUGGAUGGGGUCUGUUUUUACGAACUUUUUGUUUGUUUCUCACCCAUCCUGAGGAAUAUUCAAGACCAUUUUCACAAUGUUGGUUCAGUUAGAGUCCUAUUUAACAUCUAAAUCUUCAAUAUUUUGCCAUAACUGAUCCUGUUGAUACUGGUAAACAACAUCCACAAGUAUGUACCACAAUAUUAACCACCUAAAGAAUGUGAAUCCAAUGUGAAAAUGCUCUUAUUCUCUGGGUGAAUUGGUGAUUAAUUGUCAAACACAAGACUGUUUAACACAGCAGCAUUGCACUUUUCACCCCCAACACCCUUCUAAUUUCUGGGGCAGAACAUUUUCAUUGAUGAUAUGGAUCACUCGGCGGUCUGCAGAGUUCAGUGAGGUUUUCAGUCCUGUAAUGAAAUAUUUCAACACAAAUCAUUACUAAAGGUCAAGAGGCUUUCAAGCAACUGAGGAUUGCUUUAUCUCACGUCAUCUUUCUGCAUCAAAAUUAGACUUUUAUCAAAAUGCAGUCACUACAGCCCGCAAGAAACUCUGUGUAAUUGGGAAAAUUUGGAUCGUGAAAUUGGACUAUUACACUAUUUCUCGCCCAACUGCAGAUGUUCACAUUCCUACGAGUACUGUAAAGGUCUUCUGGUUUAUGUCGGCUUAAAACAACAUUAGGAGAAAGCAGUCUGGCUACUUAAGUCCAUUUAUGUGGCUCUUAAGGAGCUUUUGAUUAUACAUUACAGCAUUACCAAGAAGUCCUUAAAGGGCUUAAAAUAAAUGGAACAUCUUCAGUCCCAUGAUGACUUGGAAAACCCCGUCUGCUAAUGGAAACCGUACGUACCCCUUCUCCUGAUCUCAACUUACUUUUACUUUCGACUGCUGUAUAAACAGUUUUCGUCCAGGAAAAGUAGUUCCAGGGUGAUGCCGUGUUAUAACCACAUACAUCAGGCGCUGGUGGAAGGAAAGUUACCAGCAAGAUCAAGUGUUGUAGUGGAGUUUGAGCAGCGCCCGGUCAGUCUGAUCCAAAGAAGAAAAAAACAGAGCGUCAUUAUUGAUGUGAAAUCGAAGCAGCAGACAAACCGCCUCGCCGCAUUGAACCAUAACAUAAAUUUCAAAAGGUCUUGCACAGAUGAGGCAGAUCUGGGUGUUGUGUUGAUGGGUAAUGAGGCGUGCUCGGCCAUACAUCUCUGAGAAAAUAUUCAAGCAACUUCUAUCUCCUGUUGACCAGAUACGAAGCUUAAACGACUUUCUACCACAUUCUGUGACCCGACAACUGGUGCUGCUUCUUUCUGUGAACAUAUUAAAACAUAUUCUGUGAUGCAGUGACGUGACUCAACCAAAACUAAACCAGUAGCAGGUUUGUGCUGGUAUAAAAGGGGUUAACAGGGCGGCUGAAAACACCAGAAUGAACCCGAGUGGUCGUUUAAAACUGUGAAGUCGUCUGAAAAUGUUCUGCCUCAGCUCGGUCGUCUCUCUGCUGGCUCUCUGCGACGCCAUAGAACUACAAAGCACCUUUUUAUUUUCGUUUUUUGCUGUUGUUUCACUGUCAUUUGAAUACAGGGCCGAAAGGACCCGAGUUCCGAACAGGAAGACCGGAAGGAGGAUGAAGAGUCCUGAUUAAAAGACUGCCUUUUAGAUGAUUGAUUAUAGAACAGGGAGGGAAGCCACUACCAUACCAAUACCACUGUUCACUUAACCUGUGUGUGUGUGUUUUCCUGCUGCAGUGGAAACUCAACUGUUUCAUCGCAGAUCGUAUCUGCAGCUCAAUUAAAAAUCUUUUUCUUUGCAGUUACGCCGCUCAAAUCGCCCGAUCGUAUCUUCAGUGCUUUUGAAAUCUCAGAUCGAAUCAUUGUUUUUUUUUUUUUAAGUCAAAGUCAUCUAAAAAAGAUCAUAAUUAGCGCGCCAUCUUUAAUUACCCCCCCCCCCCCCCCCCCUUUUCCAUUUUAUUUUCCUUUUUGUCGGAUUGAUGAAGCAGGAGUUUAGAGUUCGAACAGAUAUGGAUGGAGGAUAAAGAGGAGGUGAUUGUAUCUGCAUGCAAAGAGGAGGAGGAUAGAGGUGAAAAAGAAGAGGAAUGGAACGAGGGAGGUGAUGUUCUUCAAAUGCAUAGAGGAGAAGGAGGAGGAGGGAGAAAUAACAAGAGUAUCAGGAUGAAAAAGAGGAGGUCAGAUUUUCUUUUUGCAUGCUGAGGCGUGAGGAGGAUGGAGGAGACACCGUUGGCAUACUGAGAGCAGCAACGAAAGAGGAGCGAGGGAGAAUACUGAUCAGGGAGAAAAGACGAAAGCAGCGUCAUUCAUCAAACCGACCAAGGAAAGGUUUUUUUUUUUUUUUUUUCUGAAGGGAGGGGAGGAGGAAACAGCAGAGCAUGCCCUGAUCCUGGACUACCUAUCACAGUCCUGGGACAUGUUUCACCGCUAGAAAAAACAAGCAAUAGGCCGUUUGUGCAACACCCUGCUACGACCCGGACUAGUUUUCCUCCGCAAUUCACGAAAAAAUGUCCCAAAACGUCACGUUCUGACAGCCGGGUCACCAAAACAUUGAAUUAAUUCAGCACUGAUGGACGUUUCGGAUGGCUUUUCACUGUGGUAGCGGCGUUUGUGUGUGCGUUUCAGGGUUGUAUCAACGUAUUUUACAAUCACAGGCGUCCUCUGAACACACACCGCUGGGAGGUUAGACAGACUGAAGGGGCCAUUUGGGAGGGUCGGGUCUAAUUCCUGGAACAGCAAAUGAAGCUAAUGGGAAUUGGAUUGAUACCUCAGCGGAGUCCAUCCAUCUGCCCGUCCACACACACACAGGUGGCUCAGAGUUUUUAAUGUUCUCCAGCAGUGAAAUAUUUAUUGAUUCUUUUAGAUUUGUUUCCUUUUAAUUUAUUUCUUACAAUGAGUUAUAUUUAUUGUGGGAGGAUUUUAUUAUUUUGUACAGCAUUGAUGAGAGAGCAGAAAUCAACAUCAAGAGUUUUUUUCUGCACGUAUAUUUCAUCACAUUUUUCAUUUUAUACAUGAGCAGGCGGGGAUACAACCACCGACAAAAGACUGAAAAAUUAGCCCGCGUUCAAGUUGACAUCACCCUACUCGUAAGUUCCUCCGGUAUUCCUGUUUUACCAAAGAUUUAAUCAAUAUUCCAUACAUUAUAUUCAUUAUUUUCAAUCAGUUUAUUGCCAAAUUAGCUUCAGUAAUAUGGUUGUGAAGUUUAUUUUUAAGGCGAUGGCAGCAGAUAUGGAGGCAAAAGAAGGUCACGUUUUGUGUUUAACGCCUCAUUUCGUGUUUUGAUGAUCAGACGUUCCAUGUGUAGAUCAAUCAGAAGCCGAGCCAUAAUCAAAAGAACAUUUGUUAGAAAUGGCAGAGCGGUGAGUUGAGGUUCUGGUCGGUUGUUCCCCCGUCCUGCCCGUGAUCGAAUCCAUCAGUCUGUCUAAGAGUUUGGUGGGCAGAUUGAUUGAUUGGUUUUAAUCAUCCGUCAGAUUUACUUUACUCACACAGUGAACAGUUGAAGGAGUUUUCGGAGUCGAUUAAUUUCAGGAGGCGCAGAGAUGGGAGUGUGGAAAACAGGCUGUCCCAUAGAAAACCAAUGAAAAAGACCUGAUCGCCCAUUGGAUUCCAAUGAAAAUAUGCCUCUCCGUGUUUCAAACCAAUACUUAUAAUCACUGAGAGCUUCGAAAGCAUCAAGCACCAUUUUAUUCUGAUGAGACACAGGUUCUCACCCAAUAAAGUGGAAUUAUUCGUGUCUUGCAGCUGAAAAAAAUCUCACAUCGACUAUUAUUUGCCACCAAAGGCAUCUAUUAAAGACACUGAGAAUGAAACAACUACGACUUUACAAUCAGUGGGAGAUUCAGAGCUCCUAUUGAUCUGCUGGAUAGCAAUAAAAUUCCCAAUCAGUGGUAAAAGUGAGAUAACCAUUGGCGUGACCUCUAAUCGGAAUUGGACACAGUAUCGUAAAAUGAAAACAACUGGAUCCCGGAACCUGAUCAUUUAUAAUCUUAUGCUUUAAAGUUAGACUUUUGUGAGUUAAAUGUUAAAUUUGUAAUCGGUGGGAGCUUCAGAUGCACUGAUAGUCCUCUCCCAUUGGGAAUGAAUGGAAGAUGAGUGGCCCCUCCCCUUUGAUUAAGCCCCUCCCACCCCUGCAGACUCGUGACUGUUUGACUGAUGGACGAGUCAAGCCGACAGGCAAUCCCAACGGGCUUCAUUGUACCAUAGCAACAGCAAAUCACUGGACUUCUCUGAGCUUGAACGGGGAGUCAGAUGUCUUUAUUGUACCAUAAUAUGAUUAUUAUUACUAUGAUUAUGAUUAUGAUUAUUAUUAUUAUUCUGAGCUGGUGCUUCUCAGCAGCUGCAGGGUCACGAGCCGUCACAUUAAAUUAACUUUAUCUGUUUGCACUUUUCCCAAACCAGUCCUGGACUGUAAAGACGUCGCCAAAACCCACCAAAUCUUGCCAAGUCAUUUCCUGUUUAGUCCUCAUCUGGGUCCGCGAGCCGCCAGUUGAGAAGCACCGCUCGCACUUGUGUCUUAGUUCAGGAUGGGAUUGUUCAUUCAGGCGGCGCUUCGGGAGUUUCAGGACCGUCGGGUUUCACGUCGAGAACUUAAAGUUUGAUGUUUACACUGUGACUGAACGAUAAAAUCAAAACGAAAACAUCCUAUCAGGAGGUUUGUCUACUGAGACUAAAAUUUACACCAAAUAUAAAGAAAUUUUAAGGACCAGAGAGUAGGAUUUAGUGGCAUCUAAUGGCGAUUUCCCUCCGUUUACACGUUCAUAAAACCUGACAAUGAGAUGAAACAAUUUAAGGAUGUUAUGGGAACAUUUUGAGCAUUAUCAACAGUCGAAUAUUUAGCGUAGCUGGAACAAGUAAUUCCCAAAUUAUAUCCAGCUACACAAACCUGAUAAAUCAUUUUGAUGGAAGUAAAAGAGUUAUUGUUAUUGUCUUAUUGCAAUUGUUUUGUCAGGAAAACUGAUGCUCUGCUUGUUAGCGUUAGUUUUCGGUAGAUCUCAUGGUGAAAUUUGGCCUGAACUGAGUUUAAAAUGGUUCAGUAUUGGUGUAAAAGCCCAAAAUACUCUUUCCAGAGCAAAUGUUUGCAGAAAAAUUAUGGAUCUCCUCCCUCUGUAGACAUGAAGUACUCAUUCUACACAAACUAAACCACACAGAGUCUUAUUUUCAGGUAAUUAUACACUAUUGAGAACAUAAUUAGGACUGUUACACUCAUAACUCUUACACACUGGUCCUUUAAAUCAGUCGAACUUGAUGUCAAAACCAACAUUUCUGACUCGACGGCUGGUGAAAUACAGAAAACAUUUAUGCUCCCAUUAAACACCCAUUAAAGCUGCUAAUCGUGUCCGUCGUGAAUCCCGGCGAUCCACCGUGGCUCUGCAGCGCCGCCAUCAUUCAUCUGCCUGGAAAAACUGUGUUUUUUCACUGAAAAGCAGAAACACAUUGCCUUGAUGCAACGCUUUCCAGGAUGUAGUCAGGGCCCAUUUUUUGAUACCAUUUGCCAUUGCCUUGUUUUUAUUUUUUAUUUUUGCUGAGUUAAAAUGUAAUGAUGAUGAUGAUGAUGAUGAAUCUUCAUGUAAUAGCCUGUGUCAGUUUUUAUACCAUUGCCAUUGCCUUCUGCUGAGUUUGUAUAUUUGUGUGAUUUCACUAAAGUGUAAUGGAAAAGUCGGA